AUGAAGGUGAGGAAAUAUAUUAUUCUAUGCCUUUGGUGGGCCCUUUCAACACACAUUUUUGUACUAUCACAACAAAUUCCAUUAAAGGACCAUACAUUGCGACAGUAUUUUGCUGUAGAGAGCAAUGAGACGUUGUCCCGCUUGGAAGAGAUGCACCCAAAUUGGCAAUAUGAACAUGACGUUCGAGGACUGCCCAACCAUUACGUUUUUUCCAAAAAAUUGCUGCAGUUGGGAAAGAGAUCUUCACUAAAAGAAAUACAAUACAGCUAUAACGACCACAUAUUAUCAGUUCAUGAUUUAUCUCCGCGUAAUGACUUGUUUAAGAGGCUGCCUGUACCCGCCCCACCAACGGACUCGAGCUUGUUGCCAGUAAAAGAAGCUGAGGAUAAACUUAGCAUAAAUGAUCCUCUUUUUGAAAGGCAGUGGCAUUUAGUCAAUCCAAGUUUCCCCGGAAGUGAUAUAAACGUUCUGGAUGUAUGGUACAAUAAUAUUACAGGCGCUGGAGUUGUGGCUGCCAUUGUAGAUGAUGGUCUUGAUUACGAAAAUGAAGACUUGAAGGAUAAUUUUUGUGCGGAAGGUUCAUGGGAUUUCAACGACAACACUAAUUUGCCAAAACCGAGAUUGUUAGACGACUAUCAUGGUACUAGGUGUGCAGGUGAAAUCGCUGCGAAAAAAGGUAACAAUUUUUGUGGUAUUGGUGUAGGCUAUAAUGCUAAAAUCUCAGGAAUAAGAAUAUUAUCCGGUGAACUUACUACAGAAGAUGAAGCUGCCUCAUUGAUUUAUGGCUUGGACACAAAUGACAUCUAUUCCUGCUCAUGGGGACCAGCGGAUGAUGGAAGACAUUUACAAGGACCUAGUGACUUGGUAAAGAAGGCUUUGGUGAAGGGUGUUACUGAGGGAAGAGAUUCCAAGGGCGCAAUCUACGUAUUUGCCAGUGGAAAUGGUGGCGCUCAUGGUGAUAACUGUAAUUACGAUGGUUAUACUAAUUCCAUAUAUUCUAUUACUAUUGGAGCUAUCGAUCACAAAGAUCUACACCCUCCUUAUUCUGAGGGUUGUUCUGCUGUCAUGGCAGUUACAUAUUCUUCAGGCUCAGGAGAAUAUAUUCAUUCAAGUGACAUUAAUGGUAGAUGCAGUAAUAGCCAUGGUGGAACAUCUGCAGCUGCUCCAUUGGCAGCUGGUGUUUACACUUUGCUGUUAGAAGCAAAUCCAAGCCUGACUUGGAGAGACGUGCAGUAUUUAUCAAUUUUAUCUGCCGUAGCAUUAGAAAAGAAUACUGAUGGAGAUUGGAAAGAUAGUGCUAUGGGGAAGAAAUACUCUCAUCGUUACGGCUUUGGUAAAAUUGAUGCCUAUAAAUUGAUUGAAAUGGCUAAGACCUGGGAGAAUGUUAAUCCGCAAACAUGGUUUUACUUGCCAACAUCAUAUGUUUCCCAGUCCACGAACUCUACAGACGAGAUCUUAGAAUCUGUUAUAAACAUAUCAGAGAAAAGUCUCAAAGGCGCCAACUUUAAGAGAAUUGAACAUGUCACAGUAACAGUAGAUAUUGACACAAAAAUUAGAGGAACCACUACCAUAGACCUAAUUUCACCGGCGGGGAUAGUCUCAAAUCUUGGAGUUGUGAGACCAAGAGAUUUGUCGUCAGAUGGAUUCAGAGACUGGACAUUCAUGUCUGUAGCGCAUUGGGGUGAAAGCGGCGUAGGUGAUUGGAAAAUAAAGGUUAGAACAACAGAAAAUGGAAACAGUAUUGAUUUCCACAGUUGGAGGUUGAAGUUUUUUGGGGAAUCCAUUGACCCGUCUAAAACAGAAAGUUUUGUCUUUGGAAACGACAAAGAGGAGGCGGAACCAACUAACUCAGAGGGGGCUGUAUUACAACCGUUUACCAGUACAACUUCCGUUUCCGAUAGCAUGACUUCUAUUUCCUCUACGUCACCUGGUGUAAGAUCCUCUGCCACCGUCCAAACUACUAGUGCUAUGACUGACCCUGAAUCUGAUCCAAACACUCCUAAAAAACUUUCUUCACCAAGGCAAGCAAUGCAUUAUUUUUUAACCAUUUUUUUGAUCGGUGCCCUAUUUUUGGUAUUAUACUUCAUGUUUUUUAUGAAAUCAAGAAGAAGAAUCAGGAGGUCAAGAGCAGAAACUUAUGAAUUUGACAUUAUUGAUACUGACUCUGAAUACGAUUCCACUUUAGAUAACGGCACUUCUGGAAUUGCGGAACCUGGGGAAGUCGAAGACUUUGAUUUUGACUUAUCAGAUGAAGAUCAUCUUGCAAGUUUAUCUUCAUCAGAUAACGGCGAUACCGAACACACAAUCGAUAACGUGUUAACAAAUGAGAACCCCUUCAAUGACCCUAUAAUUCAAGAGCCUCCAAACGACAGUAGCGGAAAGACUGUUUCCAAUGGAGUACAAGAAUUACAGCCUGGAGUGCCUUUGUCUUCCAGACAGUCAUGA